AUGGCAGGAAAUUCCUCAGCAAAAAAUAAACGCCAAGAAGAAAAAUAUGUUCAAAUGAUACGUGAAUUGGCGUCAUUGCCAACGAACAAACAAUGUUUUGAUUGUAAUUCAAAAGGACCAACAUAUGUUGAUGUUACUGUCGGUAGUUUCGUCUGUACAGCAUGUAGUGGCCUUCUACGAGGUUUAAAUCCACCCCAUCGUGUUAAAUCAAUUAAUAUGUCAACAUUUAGCCAAGAAGAAAUUGAAUUAAUGAAAAAUCGCGGCAAUCAGUUAAAUAAAAUGGUUUAUCUUGGUUUAUAUGAUGCAAAUGCUGGAUUUUCACCUGAUCCUAAAGAUACGGAACGAUUUAAAGAAUUUCUUUCUCAAAAAUAUGAAAAGAAAAGAUGGUACGUUGAACCAACCGAAGCAAUGAAACAAAAGGCAAGAGCCGAAAUAGAAGCUAGUCUUGAGAAAACAACUCAUGCAACUGCAAAAUCAUCAUCAACAGUCCCACAUUCAAAUAGUAUAUCAAAUUCAAUCAAAUCCCCACCAGAACCAUCGUCAACUGUGUCUACCAAUAUUGCACGAACGGUUCGCACUCCAUCAGUCACAUCAUCUCAACCACCAAUGCUUGUUUUUGAUGCACCAAUAACUACUCCGGCAAAUACUACAUCAUCAACUUCAAUUCUCGAUGAUAUUUUGCAAUCUUCAGUGUCACCAACAAAUACAUCACCGACUAGAAAUUUUUUCUCAGAUCAACCAUUUGGACAAACAACAACAUCUUCAUCCAAUGAUUCGAAUUGGGGAGCAUUUGUUGAAACGCCCAAAAAUCCAACAACUAUGUUUACAAAUACAUCGGCAACGAACACAAUGUCGAUGCCAACAAAUAAUUUCGCUCAUCCACCUCCGGAAUCAGCUGAUAAAUAUGCUGCUCUUUCGGAACUAUUCAGUUCUCAGAAUACAGUCAAAGAUCAUCAGCCUUCUAUUUUUGGAAGUUCAGUUAAUGGUGGUCAUCAAACAUCUGCAUCAGGUUUAAAUAAUUCUAUAUUUGGCAAUGCUCCAUUUUCAUCUAAUUCUCAAACUCAUUCAACAUCAUCAAAUGCAACACAAAAGUUUCCGGUCCACCCACAAGCACCAAUGUUUUCAUCCCAAUCAUUUCCAACACAAUUCCCUUCCAAUUCAAAUCCAUUUCAACAACAACCCUUCGGACCUAAUACAUCCAAUUUUUUUGCUAUGCCGCCUGCUAAUAAACCCAACCCAUUCUUGAAUAUUGCUCAACAGCCAGCAGCCCAACAAGCACCAAAUCAGUUCGGAAAACCACGUACAAACUCAACAAAUCCAUUUCUUUAA